AUGAAGAUCCUGGUGAUCGUCUGGGCUGCGCUCAGUUUCGUCUUAUUCGCAGCUGGCGUUUUGCUCGUGGUAUUCUCCAUUCUCUGGCGGGACGCGGGGGAUGUCGUUCUCCGGUUCUUGCUUCCCUUUCUCAGCCUCGAUCUGACCAUAUCCCUCGGCAUAUCAUACCUUAUCGCAACCCUCAUCUCCAUUCCGGCCUUCUUCAUGCCCCCGACCCGACUCCUCCCGCUCCGGGUCUUGGCGGGAUACUGUUUGAUCAUCGCUGUGUUCACUCUCAUCUCCGCAUCGGUCAUUUGGGUCUUCUCGCUGAGGGAGCUGGACAAUUGCGCAGAUCUAUGGAAGCAGGGAGGGCCCAAGAUCCAGCAAGAGCUACAAGACAGGUUCUCAUGUUGCGGAUAUUGGAACUCUACCUCGACCGGUCAAUUCGCUGCUCCUCAAGGCUUCUGCGCAGACAGAGUCUUCGCGCUGACCCAACCUGGCUGUAUGGCCAAAGUGACGGAUGAAGCAGACCAUCACCUCAACUUUGCCUUCACGUCCAUCUAUGCCUGCGAGGGCGUCAUCAUCGCUUUUGCUCUGGCGACCGGAUGUCUGAUCAAGGAGCGCAAGGUGGUAGAGCGAUUCAGACUGAUCGACGAGAAGCGGGGCGGAGGAGGCUUCGCCUAG